UCUAAAUUCAAUUCAGAAUAAGAGAAAGAUGGAUGGUGAGGAGAAAGCGCGAGCUUCUGGCAGACGAUCAAGUCACAGCAGCUUGAGCAGAAGCAUAAGCAGGAGCUUGAUCAGGGCUGGUUGGAACAUGGAUGACGUGUUUUCUGUUGGCAGGGAUUCUAGGAGAACCAGCCUUGUCGAUGGAGAUGAAGAGGCUCUAAAAUGGGCUGCCAUAGAGAAGUUACCAACAUACAAUAGAUUAAGAACAAGUAUCAUCAAGUCUUUUGUGGAGUCCGAGGUCCAAGGCAACAAGCUGCUGCUGCAUAGAGAAGUUGAUGUGAGAAAGCUUGACAUGAAUGACAGGAAAACUUUCAUCGACAAUCUUUUUAAGGUUGCAGAGGAAGAUAAUGAAAAAUUCUUGAAAAAAUUCAGACAGAGAGUUGACAAGGCUGGAAUCGGACUCCCAACAAUUGAGGUUAGGUUUGAACAUUUAACCGUUGAAGCUGAUUGUCACAUUGGCACCAGAGCUCUUCCCACCCUUCCAAAUGCUGCAAGAAACAUUGCUGAAUCAGCUCUUGGUAUGGUUGGGAUUAAUUUGUCUGAGAGAACAAAGCUCACAAUACUCAAAGAUGCAUACGGGCUUAUAAAACCAUCAAGGAUGACUCUAUUAUUAGGGCCACCAUCCUCGGGCAAAACAACGCUUCUGUUGGCUCUAGCAGGAAAGCUGGACCCGAGUCUCAAGGUUAAAGGAGACAUAACAUAUAAUGGAUAUGGACUAGAUGAAUUUGUGCCACGGAAAUCAUCAGCAUAUAUCAGCCAAAAUGAUGCUCACAUAGGAGAAAUGACUGUGAAAGAAACCUUGGAUUUCUCAUCAAGGUGUCAGGGGGUCGGGACACGAUAUGAUCUCCUAAGUGCACUUGUAAGCAAAGAGAAGAAACGUGGAAUAUUUCCAGAGGCAGAAGUGGAUCUUUUCAUGAAGGCAACUGCAAUGGAAGGAGUUCAAAGCAGUCUUAUUACCGACUACACACUCAAAAUAUUAGGACUCGAUAUAUGCAAGGACACCGUUGUAGGAGAUGAAAUGAUACGAGGAAUAUCGGGUGGACAGAAAAAGCGAGUGACGACAGGAGAGAUGAUGGUUGGGCCCACGAAGACACUAUUCAUGGAUGAGAUAUCUACCGGUCUGGAUAGCUCCACAACAUACCAAAUAGUGAAGUGCUUGCAGCAUAUUGUGCACCACACUGAGGCCACAGUCAUUGUGUCCCUGCUCCAGCCUGCUCCUGAGACGUUUGAUCUCUUUGACGAUAUCAUCUUUUUAUCUGAAGGCCAGAUUGUGUACCAGGGCCCACGAGAGCACAUCCUUGCUUUCUUUGAGAGCUGUGGGUUCCGCUGCCCUGAGAGAAAGGGCGCUGCUGAUUUCUUACUAGAGGUUACUUCAAAGAAAGACCAAGAGCAGUAUUGGGUUGACAGAAGUAAGCCAUAUAGAUGCAUAACAGUCCCGGAAUUUGCUGAGAGGUUCAAGAGGUUCCAUGUAGGCAUGAGAAUAGAGAAUGAGCUUUCAUUGCCAUUUGACAAGUCCCGAGGCCACAAAGCAGCACUAUCAUUCUCAAAGUACACAGUUCCGAAAAUGGAACUACUCAAGGCAUGCUGGGAUAGAGAAUGGAUUUUGGUUCGGAGAAAUGCGUAUGUUUAUGUAGCCAAGACGGUCCAACUUAUUAUCAUGGCAAUUAUAGUGUCAACGCUGUUUAUAAAGUCUAAAAUGCAUACAAGAAAUGAAGAAGAUGGAGCAGUGUAUAUUGGUGCUCUUUUGUUUACCAUCAUCAUUAACAUUUUCAAUGGUUUCGCUGAGCUCACACUUGUAAUCAAGAGGCUUCCUGUUUUUUACAAGCAAAGAGAACUACAAUUCCAUCCUGCCUGGACUUUCACCCUGCCAACUUUCUUGCUGCAGCUGCCAUCGUCAAUAAUCGAGUCUCUUGUUUGGGUGUCAAUUACGUAUUACUCCAUUGGUUUUGCACCGGAAGCCAACAGGUUUUUCAAGCAACUGCUACUGGUAUUUUUCAUUCAACAAAUGGCUGCGGGCCUCUUUAGGCUUAUUGCUGGGGUCUGCAGGACCAUGAUCAUUGCCAACACAGGCGGGGCUCUCACUCUGCUCCUUGUUUUCUUGCUUGGAGGUUUCAUCUUACCUAAAGGUACCAUUCCAAAUUGGUGGGAAUGGGGUUACUGGGUUUCCCCUUUGUCUUAUGGCUACAAUGCCAUAGCUGUGAACGAAAUGUUCGCUCCCAGGUGGAUGAACAAACUGGCUUCAGACAACGCUACCAGAUUAGGCGCAGCAGUGCUCGAUAGCUUUGGUGUUUAUACUGAUAAGAACUGGUAUUGGAUAGGGACAGCUGCUAUUCUAGGUUUUGCUGUUCUAUUCAAUGUUCUCUUCACCAUUUCUCUCGAGUACUUUAGCCCUCCUGGAAAGCCACAGGCCAUAAUCUCUGAGGAAACAACAAAAGAAGGAACCACGUCAAAGAAAGGUUCACUCCCGCAGUCAUUAGCCUAACUCAAUGCUCUGUAUAAAAUGCUUGAAUUCCUUACAUGGACUUGCAAUAUAUUAGGUAAAAUUGAACUCUUGAGAAUGAGCAGCCCAUCCAAUCCCAGUGGACCAAUUAAAAAUUCUGAUUCAACUCUUGAAGCAGCAAAUGGAGUUGCUCCUAAGAGAGGAAUGGUCCUCCCUUUCACUCCUCUUUCCAUGUCCUUCGACGAUGUGAAUUAUUUUGUGGACAUGCCUCCUGAAAUGAAGGAGCAAGGAGUUCCAGAGGAUCGGUUGCAGCUACUUCGAGAAGUAACAGGAGCUUUUAGGCCUGGAGUCCUCACGGCAUUAAUGGGAGUCAGUGGAGCUGGAAAGACCACACUGAUGGAUGUUUUGGCCGGAAGAAAGACUGGUGGAUACGUUGACGGUGAUAUUAGAAUUUCCGGGUUCCCCAAGAAGCAGGAAACGUUUGCAAGAAUUUCUGGGUAUUGCGAACAGAAUGAUAUCCACUCUCCUCAAGUCACUGUUAAAGAAUCAUUGAUUUAUUCAGCAUUUCUUCGUCUCCCUAAAGAAGUCGGUAAACAAGAAAAGAUGAAUUUUGUGGAUGAAGUGGCGGAAUUGGUAGAGCUGGACAAUCUCAAGGACGCUAUAGUUGGGCUUCCAGGAAUUAUAGGGUUGUCCACAGAACAGAGAAAGAGAUUAACAAUAGCAGUGGAGCUGGUUGCUAAUCCCUCCAUCAUUUUCAUGGAUGAACCAACUUCUGGUCUUGAUGCAAGGGCAGCUGCCAUUGUUAUGAGGACUGUGAGAAACACCGUGGAUACUGGAAGAACAGUUGUCUGUACGAUUCAUCAACCUAGCAUUGACAUCUUUGAAGCCUUUGAUGAAUUGUUAUUAAUGAAGAGGGGAGGACAAGUAAUAUACUCUGGAACAUUGGGUCGAAAUUCUUGCAAGAUCAUUGAGUACUUUGAGGCCAUUCACGGAGUCCCUAAAAUAAAAGAGAAGUACAAUCCAGCAACAUGGAUGCUAGAAGUGAGUUCAGCUGCAGUUGAGGUCCGGCUUGGAAUGGACUUUGCAGAACACUACAAAUGUUCAUCUUUGUAUCAGAGAAACAAGGCGUUGGUGAAGGAGUUGAGCACGCAAAAGCCAGGAGCAAAAGACCUGUAUUUUGCCACACGGUAUUCGGAGUCAAUAUGGGGACAGUUCAAAUCUUGCCUCUGGAAGCAGUGGUGGACAUACUGGAGAACUCCUGAUUAUAACCUUGUUAGAUACAUCUUUACCUUGCUUUGUGCUCUUAUGGUUGGUAGCAUAUUCUGGAAGAUUGGGACUAGAAGGGAGAGCUCAAGUGAUCUGUCUAUGAUUAUCGGUGCCAUGUAUUCUUCUGUCUUGUUUGUUGGUAUUAACAACUGCCAAACAGUACAACCAGUGGUAGCUGUUGAAAGAACGGUGUUUUACCGAGAAAAAGCAGCUGGGAUGUAUGCUGCAUUACCUUAUGCCAUUGCACAGGUUGUUUGUGAAAUACCAUACGUAUUUGUUCAAGCUACUUAUUAUACACUAAUUGUAUAUGCCAUGGUGGCCUUUGAAUGGACUGCAGCCAAAUUCUUCUGGUUCUUCUUCAUCAAUUUCUUCUCCUUCCUUUACUUCACGUACUACGGAAUGAUGGCUGUUGCCGUCACCCCAAACCACCAAAUAGCAGCCAUCUUUGCAGCAACAUUCUAUUCUCUCUUCAAUCUUUUCUCUGGCUUCUUUAUACCAAGACCGAAAAUUCCCAAGUGGUGGGUCUGGUACUAUUGGAUUUGCCCUGUAGCGUGGACAGUAUAUGGACUGAUUGUGUCCCAGUAUGGCGAUGUUCUUGACACCAUUGAAGUUCCUGGUUAUGAUGAUAAUCCUCAAAUAAAGUUUUAUAUACAAGACCAUUUUGGGUUUGACCCAGAUUUCAUGGGGCCGGUUGCUGCGGUAUUAAUUGGCUUUACAGUCUUCUUUGCAUUUUUGUAUGCCUUCUGCAUAAGGACACUGAACUUCCAGGCAAGAUAGGCAGCAAGAUUUGUAUGUCAAGCUGAGCUUGGAGAUAUAUAAUAGGUAGCAAUGUUUUAUUAUUGUAUUCAACAAUGAAGAGAAUCAAAAUGUAGAGUGAUCCAAUCUCUUUAUAGUUUAAAACUGGGAAAAACUUGAGAUAACAAGUUGUUAUUUUGAGGUGGCCUUCCAUGACUGUUUAGAUGACAUUUAAGAGGUUGUUCGCUGAUGAAAAGUAUUUUUCAUUUUUUAACUCCAA